UUUUGUAGUUUUUUGUUUUUGCAACUUUAAAGUAAAUCAUUAAAAUUUUUUAAACAUUAGAACUAGCUAAAAAUAAACUUAAGGGCGUUAUGUAUGGCCCCAUGCAUAGUAUGUCAACUGGUGAUCCGCACAAUCGUUGUUGCGCUGGCCGCGCCUGGUGCGUUAAGGAUAUUUGUGGGAUUUUUUGUGCCGUCCUAACAUGGCUUUUAAUAUUAUUUGCGGAGUUUGUUGUAAUGCGAGUCAUUUUGUUGCCCAGUCCACAUCCCGUUUUUAGUACAGUGAAUACAAUCAUAUUUCAAAUGUUAGCAUUCUUAGCCUUUGCCUCACACAUACGCACCAUGUUAUCAGAUCCGGGUGCUGUGCCCCGAGGAAAUGCAACCAAAGAAAUGAUUGAGCAAAUGGGCUAUCGGGAAGGACAAAUGAUAUUCAAGUGUCCCAAGUGUUGUAGUAUUAAACCGGAGAGAGCACAUCACUGUUCGGUGUGUCAGCGUUGUAUACGUAAAAUGGAUCAUCAUUGUCCAUGGGUAAAUAACUGUGUGGGAGAAAAUAAUCAAAAAUAUUUUGUUUUAUUUACGUUUUAUAUAGCAUCUAUAUCUGUACAUGCCAUAUUUUUGGUUUUAACUUCGUUUGCUGAAUGUGUGCGCAAUGAAUGGCGCCAAUGUUCGCCGUAUUCUCCACCGGCCACAAUAUUUCUGUUGCUUUUCCUAACAUUUGAGGCUUUAAUGUUUGCCAUAUUUACGAUUAUAAUGUUGGCCACCCAAUUAACUGCCAUACUCAAUGAUCAAACGGGUAUUGAACAACUUAAAAAAGAAGAAGCCAGAUGGGCGAAAAAGUCACGGCUAAAAUCAAUACAAUCGGUUUUUGGACGUUUUUCUUUGGCCUGGUUUUCGCCGUUCACUAAGCCAUCGGGGAAAUCUCGAUUUAAUGCUCACUUUUAUUCAGUGUAAAAAUAAGUGCCUUCCAAACACUUUACAAAAUGAUUAAAAUGAACUUUACCAAAAAGAA